GACAAUGACUCAUUUACAGGCAGGCCUGUCUCCAGAAACCCUGGAGAAAGCCAAGGUGGAGUUAAAGGAGAACCCCGACACUUUGCAUCAGGACAUACAGGAGGUGAGGGACAUGAUCAUCACUCGUCCAGACAUUGGCUUUCUCAGGACAGACGAUGCUUUCAUCCUGCGCUUUCUCAGAGCACGGAAAUUUAACCAUUUCGAGGCCUUCCGUCUCCUUGCCCAGUACUUUGAGUAUCGCCAACAGAAUUUAGAUAUGUUCAAGAACUUAAAAGCGACCGAUCCGGGGAUCAAACAGGCUCUGAAGGAUGGAUUUCCAGGGGUGCUGUCGAAUUUGGAUAGAUACGGGAGGAAGAUUCUGGUUCUGUUCGCAGCGAACUGGGAUCAGAGCAGGUACACGUUUGUGGAUAUUCUGCGUGCCAUCUUACUUUCUCUGGAGGCAAUGAUAGAGGACCCUGAGCUACAAGUAAAUGGAUUUGUCCUCAUCAUUGACUGGAGCAAUUUCACCUUCAAGCAAGCUUCCAAGCUGACGCCAAGCAUGCUGAGAUUGGCAAUUGAGGGCCUGCAGGACAGUUUUCCAGCCCGGUUCGGAGGAAUCCAUUUUGUUAACCAACCUUGGUACAUCCACGCUCUUUAUACAGUAAUCCGGCCCUUCCUGAAGGACAAAACAAGAAAACGGAUCUUCAUGCAUGGAAACAAUCUGAACAGCUUACACCAGCUGAUUCUGCCCGAGAUUCUGCCAUCUGAACUGGGUGGCAUGCUGCCUCCUUACGACAUGGGCACCUGGGCCAGGACGCUGCUCGACCACGCGUACGAUGAGGAGACUGACUACUGCCCCGAGUCCUACACCCUGUCCGUCAAAGACCUGGAGAAAGAUCUUUCCCCUAAAUCCAUGAAGAGGUCCCAGUCCGUGGUGGAGCCAGGUGUCCUAAAACGAGCAGAGAAAGUGAAGAGUGAGGAAGAGAACAUGCAGCCCUUGCUUUCACUGGACUAAAGGCUCUUAAUUCCCAGGAGGCGCUGGGAACGAGCGCACCCUGUUCCUGUAAUGCGAGAAAACAAAAUGUACAAAGAAAGGUAACGUUAAGGAGAGGAAAAGCAGAGAAACACACCAACAGCCUCCGGGAAGACUGCGGAGGGAUGCCGUUUAAAGUGAUAUUUUUCAAGCAAAGAGCUAGAGGCAGACGUCCGUAUGUAAUUGUCAAGUGCCAAUUCAAUUCUGUAAAUACACUAGACGUGAUUAGACGUGAGAUCGAGUGAGUAAUUGUCCCACGAACCUGUAAAGACAGCUGUGAAUAUCCUGUAUGUGCUUCUCGUGAUUAUUAUGUAGAACAUGGUACUGUGGGAUGGGUAAAUCAUGCUUAUCAAGAUUCACAAGCUUUGGGGUUUCUGACAUUUUUAAUGCCCGAGCGUUGCUCAGGCGUAUUAGGAAAGUGUAAAGCUGAUAGUGUCCGAAAGGCGUAUUUUGCUUCCAUUAAAAAUAAAAAUACCAUUGUUUGAUCAGGUUCAGUGUUUCACAGCAACUACCCCUUUACAAAUCAUUGAAAUCAUUUUUCUAUUGAGCAUUAUUUUACCACAAGUUAGCCUGUGUUAUUGGUUUAGUGUUCUUAUAUCCCCGUGGGGUCGAUUCACAUAGGCAAAACAUUUUUUACCGAUGGUCUUGAUGUUUUUCCUCUGAUGUAGAUGCGAGGAAUAUUGCUUUUUGGCCUAAACGUUUCUGCUUUGAGAUGGUUUCAAGACAUUUAUAGUCAUACCCAGGACCAAACCUUUGCUGUAAAAGUGUUGAUGGCAAAGUAAUGUCUAAUCCAACGGCUUUCCAUUUUAAAGUCUAUUUUCAGGUCCUUUAUGAAGUUUAAGGAAUUGUUCACUUACAAGAAAAUUCUGUCAUUAUCAACUCACCUUUUUCCAUACAGUUCACAGUGAACCACGUCUGUAAGACUAAAAACAAAAACAAAAAAACACCAUAGGCUACUAAUAGUGUGUCACAUUUCCAGUGUUCAGUCAUACAGUUUUGUGAGGAACAGACUGAAGCAUUUGUGGCCUCUAUGAACUGUUCAUAAUAUUUUCAUGUCGGUUAAAUGUAAAAAAGCAGCCGUUCCACACAGAAAGCAUCUUUGUUUAAAGAUGCAGCGCUCGGUGGUUUAAAAAAUGAAAAUGUUCAUGCCGACUUGCUACUAUAAACAAAAGCUCGCAAUGCUUGCACCACCUUCGGGGUCUUCUGAUUGGUUCACUGCUGUGGAACUGACAUUGAUAAGCUGCACUGCGCUUAAAAGUUGAAAUUCUUUCAAUUUGACACUUUGUUAAAAAUGCAGCGCUCAGGCACGAGACAAGACGCGAGACGUGGUUGUAAUGCUGUGUUCAAACCAAACACGAAGCAUCGCGUUAAGGUCUUUGCACAUACAGUCCGAAAUUUUCGUAUGCGUUUUUUCGUAUUUGGCAUUCGUUUGUAUGGAGUCUCUGGGUUGUGUCAAAACGACUCUCAAAAUGCUUGCUACGGAUGCGAAAAACGCAGAAAAUCGAACCCAGUCCAAUUCUUUUUAUGACGGACGAAAAUAUCGGAGGCAGUGUGUAAAUGUGAUUGACACAACGUGAGGUCGUAUUUAUUUUUUAACUUGCGGAAAUUUCUGACGCAAAUUUCUGACUCAAUGUGCAAUGGCUUUUACUCGCUCUUUAUUACUUGCGGGAAUAGUUCGUAAUUUUCGCAUGAGUGAUGUGAAAAACAACACGCGACGGGGAUGUCUUCACGCGUCCGGACCCAUCAAACAGUAGGUUUCAAUGAGUGCGUUUACAUGGUCAAAAUAAACGGAUAUCCAUCAAAAAUCAGUUUAAAACGAAACCUGUUUUCACGUGUUUACAUGCAUAGUAAUAAACCGGCUAUGCAUAAAACCACGUUUAUAUGGAAGUUUGAGACUUGCUGGGUUUCUCGCGUGCAGUGACAUCACCGUCGAUAGUCUGUUUAGUAAAUAAAAAAGCAGCGGGAAAACGGUCAGAAGCUGUAUUUGUAUAUCUCUUCUCGUGUCCGCAGUACCUGCAUAUGCAACAAUAGUUCUUCAUUUUGAUGUUUCUACAUCAACUGCAUGAUUCGAGAGCGGACUUUUAUACGUUAUUUUACUAUUACGUCCGUUUGGGACUUUUACUAUUGCACUGUCAGACAUGCGCACUUAAAAAAAAGAGAAAACCGGUAAAGGCGUUUGCAUGCAGCGCGAAAUCUGAGUAAUGGGCAAAAAACUACCUCUGCCGAGCAGUGGCGCCCCCAGGAUUUUUUUUAUGGGGUGGCACAAAGGGGCCAGUACAAAUCUUAGGGUGGCACAUUUAAAAAAAUUUAUUAUGCCUGAAUCUAAUGGUUAUUGCCAUUAAUACUACUGGGAUCAUAUAAAGUUAUUACUAGUCUUACGAUUUAAUUUCUAAUUUAAUUUACUAAUAUUUUCAGUGUUUGAUCGAUACAUGCUAAUUCGCUAACUGUUCUACAUAUAUUUGACUAUAAAAAAAUAUGAUAGUAAUAGAUGUCAAAAACUGCAAAUCCAACAAUUUAAAGAUCAGCUGAUGGAGUAAUGUAUUAACCAAACAUGUAUAGUAGUGAUCGAUCAAAAUGCGAGUAUGAGCAGCAGAAAAAUUCAAAUCCAAUGCCUUAGCAACUAGCUUAAUCUCAGUUAGCCAACCCGUAUUAGAGUUUGAUACAAUAAGUUUUAUCAUACAAUAAACCACGUUUUACUUACUAGUUUGUGAGUUUCGUCUCCAACCCUCUACCCCUUUCAUGCGUGCUGACUGAACAGGAGCAAACAUGAUGUCAAGUACGUGGUACUGCGGCUGCCGUGCGCAUAUUAGUCGUGGUUUCGCAGGUUAAACGAGAGAGGAGGGGUUGAGAUCGUAUUCUGCAUAACACAUUAUACAAGUUAUUUUUUUUACAUAGUGCUUCGAUAAUGUACAUUUUAAUUAAUAAAUAUUAAUACUAUUAUUCUAAUAUACAAAUAUAUAUAUAUUUAAAAAAUCUCAUUCUGGUUGGGGGGGCCAAUGGGGUGCCAGUGACUUUUUUGGGGGGCCCAUGGCCCCCCCUGGUCCCCCCUUGGGGGCGCCACUGCUGCCAAGCGAGUUUUGCUUACGCCGUUUAUGAGCUUUCCCCGAUAAAAGAAACCCGUUUUACGCGUUUACAUGACCUUACUUGUUAUCAGAUUAUUAAGGAUAACCAGAGUAAGACUGUGCAUGUAAACGCACUCAAUGAGGUCUCGAUUUUCUUUUUGUGCAAGUUGAAAAAUGUCAUGUGUGAGUCGCAUCUAAAACAGUUUGGAAAGCCAUUAGGGUGAAUAGAUAAUGGCAGAAUCGUUUACAUGAAACGUUCCUUUAAAGUAUUAAUUCCCUUAGUAUUAAAAAUAACACGUCAUACAAACAGGUUUACACAAAGCCAAAUGCAAACAAGCUGUUGUAUCAUGCUCUUGCAUGCUUCCAUAGUAUCUUGGUCAGCGUAUGGGUUAGAUUGUGUCAAAAUAAUUUACUCAAAAUUACUCUGUUUCAUGGAACGUUGUUGUGUUAUUUGUCUCUUUGCCAGUAUGUUUUUACAGUGGUUUAGUUUCAAGCCCACCAUUUGAUUUUAGGGAUUUUUUGUGUGUAAGAAACAAGGACAAUCUGUAUUUUCACCCAUACUAUUAUUGUUACAUGAAGAAAACACAUUAUGGAGGUAUACAGUAAGAGAAUAUAAAUAUUCAGCAUUUAGUAAUAAUUACGUGACUUAAUCUGGCCAAAUGAGACUUUCCGGACAGAUGUACAUCACAAGCAACUUUAUUCUCACUAAAGAUUUGUUUAGAGCCUCUAUUGUGUAAAUCUCUUUGAGGACAAAUGAAGUUAGGAGUGGUUAUGAUUUGUGUGGUUAUGUCACUAUUUUGUAUUAUAUAAAAAGUUUAAAAUCUAUGGGCUCAGCUUCUAUAUAGUGGCAGAGUUUUCGUCAUGUUUUAUUUGUAUUUAUUACGUUUUUUUAUAUUUGCUAUGUCUGUACCCUUCAUGUGUCUCUUCAGAAUCUCAGUAUCUCCAUUUCCAAUGUAGAUUAUGAUUACUCAGAAGCGAAACCUGUUGCUAAACAAGGAAAACAAAUCAUUACUUUUCCCUAAACAAAUCAUUAUUGUUCCUUGAUUCAAAUUUGGCUUUUUAAAAUCUGAAUGUAUUCCCCCAGAGAGUAAUGUUUUACUGCUUUGGGUUAGAAGAAUGCCAAUUAUGUAAAGCCAUUAUUACAUUUCCAGUCUCAUUGUAUGACGAUCAGACGUAGUAACCAAAAAAGCAUUCUGUAAAUGGUUACCCUCAGAUAACGGUGUAAAUUGAUCUGUUUCAGUGUAUAUUUAAUAGAUCUGUCUUAUUGCCAUGACCAGUAUUUUAAUACACCUCUUUAUUUGUAUUCCUGUGUAUGUUUUUGGCCAUGCUGCAUUAUAAACAGCCUUUUUUGUAUUUUAAGCAAUCGGAAUGUGACUCGUAUCGUCUCCAUUUUUCUAGCCUUGCUUUCUUUGGGUAUGUAUUGCCGUCACAACCAAAGCAACCCCAGGUUAUGGAAACCAACAAUUAUCCCCUGCUUUUCUACAGACUCCUUGGUACAGGAAUAGUUCCGUAUGAUUACAUUAGUAAUAGUACUAUACAUAGUAUUAACACGUUUUUUGAUUGUCGGCUUAUCUUAUCCAUAUCACUUUGAUUGUAUAAUAGGGUGUUAGUGCUGAGAAGCCCAUGCAGUAUAGAGAUAUUAUACAGAACACUACAUGUGGUUUAAAGGAACAUGUCGAACGGAAGUAAAUAUGUGUAUAUGUCCUUUCAAAAUGCUGAAAUAAAUCAUGUAACUGAAACUAAACUGCGAAAGGAAAAAAGCAGCCAAUAAACAUUGAUAU